AUGCUCGACUCAUUCAUCCUCCGCUCUGGUUCCGAGGAGCUGGCCAAGGCGAUACACUCACUCUCCGGGGCUGUGACGACCGUUUUCUCUUCACACGGCUCUGGGCAAGGACAAGAUUGUACAAAGGGCUAUGUGAUCGCCUCCUGGGCUCUGCUUCUGUGCGGUAAUGGCUUGGCCGCCUCCGCGCCGUCAUACGGCUUCAGGAUCAUUGAAGGUACCUCGCAUGGCUGGGUACUGGCCUUCUCGUCUAUCAGCUUCUUCUAUAUUGCGAUGGCUCUAAGCAAGACCGCCUUUGCGGUGACCCUGAUCCGGCUCUCCGGUGGCAGGACGCGAGUGAUCCUGUGGGUCGUCGUCUUGUUUGUCUGUGCCGUGAACAUCGCGGCGGCUGUGAUCACAUGGCUGGACCUCUGCGAUGCGCUCGCGGACGUCAAGGGGAUAUCUGGCUUCUGCGUCCCUAUGCAGACUGCAGUUUGGAUACAUGUGGCUAACGCUGCUGUCACAAUACUUGCUGACGCGUAUUUGGCUUAUUUGCCUUGGAGGGUGCUGGCAAAGAUAUACAUUCCGAGCAGAGAGAAAUGGGGGGUGGGCAUCAUUAUGAGUUUAGUUGGUCUGGCAGGCAUAGUCUGCUUGGUCAGGACGGUACUAGCCAGCCAUAGCUCAAAAGCAACCGAGGAGCUGGGGACGCCAGACUGGACCUGUGAAUGGUGGGUGGCUCUUGUUGGUCUCUUCCAAGCUGAGGUCGCAAUCUACAUCAUUGCGCAGGCGAUUCCCUUGCUCCGGGUUUUCUACCUCGGCCAAACAAAGCGAUCAAGCCGGACAGCAGGCUUGGUCCAGGAGGCCCCGCCGCCAUCAUUUGUGGGAAAGAAGCUGACGACGCGAGUGACCGGUGGAGAGACCAUACACGAGGCUGAUGAGAGUAUCGAGCUGGUGCAGCUUCCGAGCGGCAAAAUUGUCCAGGCCAAUUCGGAGGAGGGGAAGGCAUUCAAGGCAUCUCGGCCGACCGAGGGAACUGCUGUCCCUCAGACGCAGUUGCAGCAAACGACUGGCUUCAACAUGUACGACGAGGAGGGCUUGGUCACAGUCUCCCUCGCCGCUGCCCGCAAGUCGAGGGGUGCAACACCUGGGAUGAAGGCGCAGGCUUAG